UUUGAGCGUAAGCUUUGUCAUCAGUCUCAUAUUCUUCAUAUUUAUCGUCAUCUGCCAUUUUUUUACUUGUUAGAAAGUGACCCUUGAACUCUUCUAGGAAGAGGAGACUUUGUUCAACUGUAAAAUCCUGUGAACUUGAAACACAGCUGAAAAGUAUCAAUAGCUUUUCUUGAUAGUCACGUUAUAUUUAUUUGUAUAGGUGAAUUUUAACUCUAUCGCCAAAUCCAACCUGUGGUCUUUCUUUUCCGUCUCACGUUUUUGACCUUAGGCCAAAGUGAAUUCCGCGUCAUCCUAGCCUCGCAACCGUAAGCCUUGAGCGAGGUCAUUUUGACGUGUCACCGAAUAAGUUAGACGACACCAUGUCGGCAGGUUGAAUGGUGUAGGCCAUAGACUUCUGGCUCGUUGAAUGAACCUUAUCGAUAGGGUAAACUCGUGUGAGUUUUUUGUUGGUGGCAUUUUCACAAUUAUCAGUAUCACAGUUUACUGUGAUUGCGUUGAAAAAUUUGAGAGUUUGAAGAAGGAACUUUUGCUGUCUUAUACUUAGAGAAUUUCAAACAAUUUAGCCCUAAUAAACAAAAGUCUAACAGUGUUAACAAAUAAACAAAUCCAUAAACCAAGAAAUCUCUUGAAAUAAAACUCAAGUGUACGUCUCGUCUCAUCAUAUCCCAACACAUUUUUACAAAACUCUGCCCUACUGUACUUUGUGAACCAAUUAAAAUUACUCAGCUAACCAACAUAUCAAAUUCAGGAAAUCUAUAUUGCUUUCUGCUUGUACCGAUACAAUGGUCUUAAAUACAUCAUAGAUAUCAGUUUCCUUUACCUCGUUUACAUAGGUAUGAAUAAGAGGCAAUUACGUAAAUGACAUAUCAUAACAAAUUAAACUACUACAAGUCCUCCAAGUGAAUAUAACAAUAUAUUUUAAAAAAUAACAUAAAAUAACUGCAUACUUGUUAUGCGCGCUGUAGAAUCCCCCACAAACAGCCACUGGAAAAAUGAAUAAUAUCAACAACAUUGUGAACGCCCUUUCUGAAGCCGCAAAAACUUCAAAACAUCGACAAAAUAAAGUUUGCAGAAGGAUAAUUUAAAAGUCAAAAAUUUCAACUUUUUUUACAGCUUCAAAGCUAACAGCUAAAAUCAAAUCAAAAACUAUUUUUAAGGGUUCGACAUAGUGAAUCUAAUAGUGAAUAGUGAACUCAUUCACAAUGUCACAUUUAUGUUUUGGAAAACCAAGAUAAUCGAUGUAUGUCUUAUUUUUGUGAAAAUAGAAGGAGUGGGAAUUUUGCUUAAGAAAUUUUCAGUAUUCUUUUUCUUAUAAAACAACAUUGCAGAUUUAAAGAUUAAAAGAAAAUCAUCUUACAAUUAUAACUUGCCAAAACUAUUUGAAUGUUUGUUAGCUAUAUUUGGGGGGAGGGCCAUAUUCAAAAUUUUGCAGGAUGAUUUUUUGUUUUGUGAAUAAUUCCUUUGACUUACCUGUCUUGUUUUGUUAUUUUGUUUUUCAAUAUUUAUUACCGCAUAUUUGUUUCCUUUCAUAAUAAAAAGUUGAAUAAUCAUGUUUUUACUUUAGAGCAAUCAGUUUUUUUCAUUUGAGCCAAUUAACGUAAUUUGCUAUUUCUGUGAAACAAUAUAAAACAAUUUCACAGACCUGAAAGUCCUUUUGUGAACAUAAUUCAUGUUCGCAUUUCCUUACUAAAUUUUCCUUACAUAGUAAUUUGUUCAAUGUGCCACCAGAAACCAAAUGUUUUUGUCCUGUAUUGCAAUAUAGAAAUUUCAUAAUCGAAUUGUCUUUUGAUUUGUCUUCGCAGCAGCAUUAAAUAAUUUUCCUUUAAACCUCGAUUUGUUCUUUGUUAAUCAAAAUGAAGCGAUGAAAUGUGAUUAAAGGUCGUAACUGGAUUUAACUGAAAAUGUAGUCAGCUCUGGUAAUAAUUUCUGGAUUUCUGGUAAUAAUUAGCUUUCAUUGAAUUACCUUUAUUUUCAAAAGAUUAUUUAACAAAUACUUCAAUAUGUUUAGAUUCUCGAAGCUUGAUUUUUUAUUGAGAAUUUUUAGAUUCUUGAAACUUGGAUUAAAAAUUUCAUGCCGUUCUACCUUUUAGAGAGUUUGUUGUUUUUGUCAAUAUCAGAUGAAUUGUUUGUCCAACGAGUUUCUAAACGAGUCUCUUCCAUUUUUAUUUUUUUAUAAAGUAAUAAUAAAACAGGCUUCUGCAAUAAAUGAAGAUAUUUGCAUUCUUUCCAUCGAUCGCCUUCAAUCUUCAGAAAUCUUUGGCUUUUGUUCAGAAUCUUUGGUUUAGGCAUCUUUUGCAAACUUGCGAAUUUGAAGUUCUGGUGGUUCUUGACAUGUUUACGAAGUUGCCCUGGAGUUAGGCUAGAAACAUUAACACAUUUUUGAGACAUCAUAUUUCGUAUUUGCAUAGUCACCAGAUACUAUCAAUGUUAUGAAUUCAGUCGGCGAAAUGAAACAUUUAUCAAUCAAAAGAAAAUAUUUGUCAAGAAGAAGUCAAGACUUGGUGGAAUGUGGCUUUGUUUGUCAAGUUUUCUCGAUCUGCUGCUGCAUCACUUUCUUACUGGCUCUUGCGUCAACCAGUAAGAAAUUGUACGUCAACAAUUUAUUUAAGCUGACGAUCUAGCUCUAUAUAUUAAUGAAAAUUAAUUUUUACCAGUCUGUCAUUAAGUGCUGAGUGCAUUGGUGUGUAGAUCUGGACGAUUCCAAUUGGCACCUAUGAGCUACAUACCUAAUGCGAUCGUCAAGCAUAGCGGUGUAGCUCGUUUUAUUACGCUAGGAUUCUUUUGUCAAUUUUCUCAACUCAGACCCGUUGAACCCAUUUAUUCUUUAUGCCUAUUUUUUCUUUUCGCCAUGUUGUUGGUUUAUUACAGGUAAAGUUCGAAAACUGAUACGUCACUUAUUCGUACUUUGCCGUUCGUCUUUCAUAGUUUAGCAUUUCAAGAUUUCUUUUUAAUAAUACUAAAAUCCACAAAAAAGUAACAAGUUUAUUUUUAUUGAAAUCGAAGUGUUAUUUCUUUCUUCUCAAAGGAUUUUGUGUUUAUGAUAAAUCAAUAUCUUUUAUUAUAUCCUCUUAUAUCUUUAUUAGCCUAUUUAAUUUAUUUGUGAUAUCUUUUGCACCUUUUAUUGAUGUUCUUCAGAAUACGGAAAUUGAAUCUUUGGAGAAGUUGGGCGCGCGGAGUGGAUUUUCCGAGUCCCUUGUUCUAGCACCCUUUUUUCUUUUAUUAUCUAUACAAAGAAAAAGAACAUUAAAUUUCAAGGUAAAUUUUCUUGGUCAUGUUGAAUCUGGAGAGGUCCCUCGAUUACACAUAAAAUUCAAAUUUUUAAAUUGUUCAAAAGAACUUAAUAUUUUUAAGAAAAAUGUUUGCUAAGUCAGAAAAAAAUUUAACUUAGGGAAAUCUAUUUAACACACUGUAACAUAAUAUAUUUCUAAACUUGGGUAGACAUUAUCAGAAGACAGAUGCUUAAGUCCAUUAAAAAAUCUAUAUCUCACAUGUCUGCACUUAAAAGUUUUGUUCCUUUUAACAUUGGCUUCUAAAAAGAUAGUAUGUUCGUGUUUUUUGCUGAUGUUAAGCCCUCCUUCCACGCGUGUUCGUAAAAAAGAUGUUGCGUCGCAGAGUCGAGCAUUUUACGCAGCGAUGCAUUGUUCUCUUUGCAGGGCUGUUUGUAUUUGUAUUUAGCAACAUAAAGUUAAAUAAAGAAAUUUAGGGGUAGUUGAGAAUACCAACAACUCACAAUGGAUAGUUUUAUGAGUCAUAUGUACGGACCUUUGGCGUAAUUGAUUGUAAGCAAAAAUUUUAUUAGCAAUAUCUUUUUAACAAAGAAGGAUUAGUUUGUUAUUUUACCAAGCAACUUGUCAAACAUGCUAGCUAUUAUAGAGCAUGGAUUUUUUAUCCAACACAUCAUGGAGAUAACCACCUGUCUUUGAAUGCAUUGUUGCUGCCGAUCAAAGGUAUUCGUUGCAAGAGGGCAGUUGCAAACUAAAUCCCUGCUUUACCGCUGUGAUUUUAUUGUUUUUCAAGCUUCGUGUCAUAAAGGAUUUCACUUUGGAUAUUGAUUUCAAAUCCUUUGAUACAAUCAACAUUUGCCACCCGUCUUACUACUAUAAAAAUGAUAAAAACAUUUGUUUAUCACAUAAACGUGCAUAGUUGUGCUGAUGCGAUGCUUUGAUGUAAGCAACUUCACGUCUCAGUAGCCUAACGAAUUUUAUGUUGAUGACAUCAUUGCCAGUUGAGCUUCAAGUUUUCUUGGGGCUACAACCGAGAUAGAAGAAGAAGAACUUUGAAUAACUGAAGGUGGCAAUGAAGUGUAUAAUGCAGUCAUUAUUCAAGGUAAAAAUCGUAUAAGCUUCAUUGUAUUCAAGGAUUUGCAACGCAUAUUGUUGACAGGAAACUCGAGAGAUCAUCAACGUAAAGCAGCUGAAGGUUUUUAGGACCGUCAAUGUGUAUUACGGAAAUCGCUGAGAUAGGAACAGUGAUUUUUUCAUUUGACUUCAAAGCAGAUGUUUGUCAGUGACGAUUCUCUGGAAUCUUUGCAAUAUUGAUAGAAAGCGCUGGCAACAGAAACAUUUCUACCUAAAGUUUUUAUAAAUUGACAAGUUACAUUUUGCGUUUGGCAUAAUAAUUUCUGUACAAUACUGGACGUCAACGUUGGUCAAAAAACAGCAGGGUUGGCUAAAUUAAAAGAUGGCGAAUCAGUUGAGCAACAAUACAAGCACAUUUGCUACAUCCACUCCAACAACUGCCAAUGUUCUUUUCUCCGUAACAAGCACACAGACAUCGCUAGUUGUUUUCGGAUUUAUGUCAACAAUGAUUCUAACAUUUUUCGGAAACAUUCUCGUUUUGGCAGUUGUCUAUCGCCAAAGAGCGUCUCGUAAUAUUCAAGUAACGAACUCUUUCCUGGCGAACCUGGCUGCCAUCGAUCUUUUGAUGUCUAUCCUCGUGCUGCCAUUCUGCAUAAGCAUCAAUAUCGAACGCGCAUGGGUGCAUGGACAGGCAUUGUGCGAUUUCAAUGGAAUGCUCACGCUUUUUGUUGGAUCUGCUAGUAUACUCACAAUGACUGCGAUCAGCGUUGACAGGCAUCAAGCUGUUGCAAAUGGCGGACGGAAGAAGCUUAAAAUCAGACAGGCCUUGACUAUGAUUGCUGUCAUAUGGGCAUGGUCGUUAGUUAUUGCGAUAUUGCCCGUUCUUGGAUGGAGCUCAUAUUCCUGGUCCCUUGGAUCCAGUGUAUGCAAGUUCUCUUUCACAGAUGCAAAAGGUUUUGUGGCUCUUCUCCUUGUGUCUUGCUUUGUUGUGCCUGUGUCAACUAUGCUAUUCUGCUACAUACGGGUCUUUGUCGUGCUUCGCAGACAUCAGAAGCAGCUAAGGAAAUGGAAGAAUCAGAGCAUGACAACUAAUAAGAAAGCUCAAGCCAAAAACAUGCAAAGAGAAGGCCGUGCAACGCUGAUUGUUUUCAUCAUUUUGUCAGUAUUUUGCCUUUGUUGGGUGCCAUAUGUUGUAAUAACAUUUAUCAAACUUAUCAAACCGACAGCACAGUUAUCGUCCGGUGUAUACUUGUUCGCCGGCUGGUCGACCACUGCGCAUGCGGCCGCCAACCCAAUUAUCUACAUUAUUUGGAAUAAGAAGUUUCGCAUCGAAGUUGCCCGGCUGCUUCCAUUCGCAAGGUGCUGCCUGUCCAGAAUUGGUCCUCUUAAUGAAGAGCAAAGUGAAUAUCAACCGCCAAAAACCCGGACAGUUUUUGUGAAUGGUUUAUCCAAUGGUCCGAAAUAAGAUUUAGUAUCCGUGGAAAGGAAUUGAACCGUAAUUAAGUAAGCAAAGAGGAGCAAAUGGUCUGUAUUUUCCAUUCGAGACGCUAUUAUAAUGAUUACAAGUCAUCAUUAGGCAAUUGUUUGGAGAGCUGCAGUCCCUGCAUCCCCUCAAACUAUCCCAGUUCUGUCCACCCAGAUAGAUAGUGUAUCAGCCAGAUUCGUUUCAACAUACUCUCACAAAUUCUACAACCAAAGGCGAAAUUAUAUGUCUAUAAAUCUUCUAUAUAACAUACAGGGCGUUGAUUAAUUUCUUCCUCUACAAAAGAGGGGCGUUAGAUAAAGAGGGAGAAACUGAUCCAGAGGGCGCUUAUCAGUUGUCUAGACAACGAAUGCGUUCACUUUUUGUGUUUAUUGUUGAUGAUCGUGGCUAUCGGAGAAUAUCUGUUUAUCACAGAAACAUAAAAAAGUGAUUGGAAAAUUGUAUCAUAUCGUUACUUUCUAUACUGCUCUUUGCAGUGUAAUUAAUGCCAGACUCCCUUAAAUAGGC